CUGUGCAUAGGAUAAUAAUGAAGGUGAUAUGAUUUGCGUAAUUAAAUGACUACAGUGCGAUCCCUCUACUGUAUAUACUAGAUACGUUUUACGUGCUAUAUUUAAUGUCAAUGAUGUCACCAUGAAUCCACAGUAGUUGUUUGUGUUAGCAGUUUUAAACAAACUUUCCAUUCCACUGCGAUUUCAACAACUCAUGCGUUAGUGGUUUCCCGGCCUAUAAUUUUCUCUUGGGUCUUCCUUUGAUUGUACACUUGGUUCUCUUCCUCCAUCUUUCCUCCAUUCUUCUCUUCCUCCCCCUUCUCGUCAUCUUCCCCAGGAUGCACACGAGUUGCUGACUCAGUGUCUUGAUCAACUCAAAGACGACUCAACUGCUGUCAAGAUGGCAGUCUCUGAGAACGAGGAGCCCCUGGUCUCUGUGUGUCCCGUGGUCAGAAAUUUUGAGUGUGAGAUGUGUCGCACCAUUACCUGCAAGAGGUGUGGAAAAGUCAGCGAAGUGAGCGAAGUCAUCUAUGACUUUGCCCUCCAGUUGCCUAAAAGUGUCAAAUCGAGACCCAAUGAGCAAGCCAAUCUUCAAGACCUUCUGGACAGGUUUUUCAAAUCGGAGGAGGUGGAGUAUAAGUGUCCCGAGUGUUCGUGCAACACUGCCACCAUGUCCUGUCGACUGGCACGUCUACCCAGAGUAAUGAUCAUAUUCCUGAAGCGCUAUGGCUACAACACUAACUUGUCUCGAAACUCCAAGAGGAUUGAUUUCAUCAGGAUUCCGAGAUUCAUUGCUGUUGGUCAUCUUUGCUCUGAUACUACUACUCCACCUUGCCAGUAUGAAGGUCCUUGGCCAAGGACUACAAACUCGUCUGGUUCCUGUUGUGAUGACAAGGAGAAUCUCCCGUCCACUGAGGGAACUGACCAGCGUGGUCCCCCCAGGGAAAAUCUCCCGACGACUCCUCAACCCGGAGAGCUGCAGAACUCUGCUCUUGGGAGCGAGGAGGGCAGCAGAAUUCUUGGAAAGAGGCGGGGGAGUGAAAGUAUUGAGCAAGAGUUUGCAGCAUGCGGUCGAGAUUGCAAUGUCGUCAAAAAACAGAAGGUGGACUAUGAUCAUCAAGUUUCAGUUUCGCUCAACUCUACUGCACAACUUCCUGCAAGUCAUCAACUAGCUGUUUCUAGUGACUCCCCAGCUCAAACCACCAGCAAAGGCCCCUUCUAUACAAAUAAUCCCCCUCUACAGUCUUCGAUGAAUACCGGUGUUGGUUCCACCACUGUUGUCCCCAAUGACUUGGUCAGUGAGAACACAACUACCAAUGAUGCUAGCUACAGCCAGAACUCUGUAGGUAGAGACAUUGCUGCCGAGUUUGAUUCCCUGUUCAGUCCAGAAAUCCUCCUCAAAUUGGACAAUGAUCUCCAACUGAAGGGUGGCCCUUGCGGCGAUGCCCUCCCAGUUACGACAUCGCCCACCGUGGAGAAAAGCAGUGUAGCAAAGCCGACUAAUGCAUCCGCUACUUCAACCAUUGCACCUUUACCUCCUGGAUCGUUGACCGAUGCUCACACCCGAGGUGUCUCCAGUUCUGAAACUGAACGUCCACUCUCUUCUGAGAGAACGAAGGGUAACGAGGAUGGUUUAAUGCACGGGCUUUUCGGAGGUGUGUCAUCCGAAGAAUACUCCAAGUGUAGGUCAGAGAGGACUCCGACCAGAGACCUACCUCGCAGAGCAAGGGCCGGCCAAUCCGGCAGGGUUGGCGAAAACCUGGAGGAGGAAGAUGUUGGACUCAAGAGAGCCAUGGAGCAGAGUUUGAGAGAGCAGCCACCGAGCGACAUGGAACUUUUACAACGAAUGGGUCUGUCGGAAGAAGAUCAGCUUAGGUUGGCUCUGGAGCUCAGCAUGCAAGAGCAAUGUGUGGAAGAUGGUGCUAUGGACCAGCAGUCAUCCAGGGACACUGCCGAGCCAGACACUCCCACACCUGAUACCCAGCGACCACAGACGUACAAACUGGUGGGUAUAGUCAACCAUAUUGGAAAAGCAUCUUCAGGAGGUCUGCUACUAUAUAUACCCAUACUUGUGACCGUGUCCCAUCUUUUUCACAUGGGUUAAGAUAAUUGUUCUCACUGUGCUACAGGGCACUACAUUAGUGAUGUGUGCAGUGGUCGGGAGGGAGUGUGGAGAAGCUAUAACGACAGCUACGUGACUGAGGCCAAGGAGGAGGACAUUAGACAGAGGAGGAAAGGAACUGGCUACAUCUUCUUCUACAUGCACAAAUCUGUUCUAGGUAGUAUAAGUACCAAGAGAACUUCUUGACCACCAUCACCAUCUGACUCAGUAUAAUAAUACACUUCUGUCAUUAUGUUUCACGUUACACCAUUGUUUUUACCAACACAAUUAUUAUAGUUUGAAGUUUAUCUUGUAGCUACCCUGAUGACCACGAUUAGACUUUGAAUCUUUGUCGUAUCCAGUGGCUGAAUUAACCAUGUAUCAGAUUGUCCGUAGAUUCUCAACAUACAGACGGCACGUGAUCUGAUUAUGAUCUUUGUACCUCAAAAGUAUGAUGCCAACUGUAAUAGACUCGGUCAUUCGAGGACUGCUUGUCCGUAUGAAAUAUU